CAGCAACGCCCCUCGCUAUAAAUUUGUAGCUGCCUUCGUAGAGAAUGCUUCCAGCGCCUGUCAGCCAAGGGCGCCAGGCAGUGGGCGACUGAGCGCCUGGGCGGACGCAAGUCUAGCCGCUCUGCCGGCCCGAGGCGGCGAUCCAUGGGGAGGAACCCGAGCGGACCCCGGGAGUGAGGGCGCACCCCGCACCAGCGCCACCAGCUCGGCCGGACGUGGGCGCAGCGUCCCGAGUGGCGAUUUGAUACAUGAUAAAUUGGUCUAAAAUGGCUGAGGUUAUAUCUGAAUAAGUCACUGAAGCCACCCCAGAAGGUCUGCAUCCAGAAAUGUUGUUCGGCUACAAAAACAACUACUCAUUGCCCUUAUGGAUCAGUAAAGCAGCUGGGCAGAGGAGACAAGUAACAGAGACUCAAACUAAGUAACUGAAACUCUUUGGUUGACAAACUUGGAGAGAUUAUCAAACAUUAAACUAGGCAAAAUCCAACUUAUCACAACUAGAUGUCAGAAGGAAAGCAAAUAAGUAAAUGAAUCCACUUUAAGGUGCAUUUGGCAUAGUGUCUGAGACCAACUAACCCAGGAGAUCAAAAUGAUCCUCAACUCUUCCACCGAAGAUGGUAUUAAAAGAAUCCAAGAGGACUGUCCCAAAGCUGGAAGGCACAAUUACAUAUUUGUCAUGAUUCCCACUUUAUACAGUAUUAUCUUUGUGGUGGGAAUAUUUGGAAACAGCUUGGUGGUGAUUGUCAUUUACUUUUACAUGAAACUGAAGACUGUGGCCAGUGUUUUUCUUUUGAAUUUAGCACUGGCUGACUUAUGCUUUUUACUGACUUUGCCACUAUGGGCUGUCUACACUGCCAUGGAAUACCACUGGCCCUUCGGCAAUUACCUAUGUAAGAUCGCUUCAGCCAGCGUCAGCUUCAACCUCUAUGCCAGUGUGUUUCUACUCACAUGUCUAAGCAUUGAUCGCUACCUGGCUAUUGUGCACCCAAUGAAGUCCCGCCUUCGGCGCACAAUGCUUGUGGCCAAAGUCACCUGCAUCAUUAUUUGGCUGCUGGCUGGCUUGGCCAGUUUGCCAACUAUAAUCCACCGCAAUGUAUUUUUCAUUGAGAAUAUCAAUAUCACAGUUUGUGCUUUCCAUUACGAAUCCCAAAAUUCAACCCUCCCCGUAGGGCUGGGCCUAACCAAGAAUAUACUGGGUUUCUUGUUUCCUUUUCUAAUUAUUCUUACAAGUUAUACUCUUAUUUGGAAGACCCUAAAGAAGGCUUAUGAAAUUCAGAAGAACAAACCAAGAAAAGACGAUAUUUUCAAGAUAAUUAUGGCAAUUGUGCUUUUCUUUUUCUUUUCCUGGGUUCCCCACCAAAUAUUCACUUUUCUGGAUGUAUUGAUUCAGUUGGGCAUCAUACAUGACUGUAAAAUUUCAGAUAUUGUUGACACCGCCAUGCCCAUCACUAUUUGCUUAGCUUAUUUUAACAAUUGCCUGAAUCCUCUCUUUUAUGGCUUUCUGGGGAAAAAAUUUAAAAAACAUUUUCUCCAGCUUCUGAAAUACAUUCCCCCAAGGGCCAAAUCCCACUCAACCCUGUCAACAAAAAUGAGCACGCUUUCUUACCGCCCCUCAGAAAAUGGAAGCUCAUCUACCAAGAAGCCUGUCCCAUGUAUUGAGGUUGAGUGACACACUUGAAACCUGUCUGUCAAGUCAUCUUGUUGAAGAAGGAGCAAGAGAAACAUUCCUCUACAACACUUCACUACCAAAUGGGCGUGAGCUACUUUUCAGAAUUAAAGAAGAAAAUGGAUUAUGUGUACUGAACUGACUUUUCUAAAGCUCUGAACAAAAGCUUUCCUCUCCCUUUGCAACUAAACAAAGCAAAGCCACAUUUUGCAUCAGAUAGAUGACUCCACUCAAAGAGUGAUGUCAGAAACUGGACGAGUGUGUUGAUUUGGAAAAUUUUACUGGUAGAAACGCCAUCUCCCCAGUCUGCUCUUGUUCCGUUAUUUUUGAUUUCCACAUAAAGGUACUUAGAAUAUAUUAAAACUUGAGAGGAGCAACAGGAGAUCAGAGCUCAAGAUUGCUCUGCCCAACUUCCAAAGGGCAGCAAAGGUUUUGUGCCUAUUUACCUAUUAGCAACUGUGGACCAGUUGUACCUGCUACUGCACAUUUUAUACAAAGACUUGCUAAGCAGUAGUUGUCAGGUUGCAGAAGUUUAUGUGAAAUUCAGCCAGUGUCUUAUAGAUUCACACUGCCAAAACAUGCCUGCUAAAUGGCUUAUUUGUAUAAUGAUGUUACUAAAGUCACGUAUAAAAAUUAAACUACUUGUAAAGGUGUUAUUCUGGUCCCAGGUAGUAGUGUCUUCCUAGUCAUAUUAGUUUUAUUUCGUAUCUGAGAAGUAUAUAUAUUUUGUGGUAAAAAGAUUAUAUAUCAUAAAAUAUGCCUUACUAUUUUAAAAAGUAUAUAUUCUA